GGUAUAGGUAGGGGGGUAACGUCUGAAGGGGGGCGACGUCAUAAAUAAAAAUAGGAAAAGAGUCAAAAUUGUUCAGGAGAAAAAGCAGAGAGGCGCUGUUAUAUAAGGAGCAAAGCGAAAGCAACGGAGCAACCGAAACGAUGCUCUCACUCCUCUUGUCCUAAUCAGCUCAGACGCGAACAACUGUUGUGUUGGGUUUAAAAGCUUCCAAUCACACACGGCCCUGGCCCUGGCCCAGCCGCCGAGUAUAACUUAAUUAACAGGCAGCCACCCCCAAUUACAACAAGAGAGAUUGAAAAUGGGGCGGAAGAGUGAUGGUAAUAAUUCGGGAGGCAUGUCUUCCGCAUUCAACUUGUUAUUCUCCCUGCUCAUAAUCUACGGACUCAUGUCUUAUUUUGUUUACUCACUCGUACACAUGAAAUUUGUUAAACCCCUGCCUUUGGACGCUCCGCUCCACCGUUUCUCCGAAGCCAGAGCCAUCCAGCACAUCAGAGUACUCGCCCAUGACAUCCCUGCUCGACAGGAAGGGCAGCCUGGUUUGAGACAAGCGGCUGAUUAUAUCAAAUCACAGCUCCAUUUGCUUCAGGACCGAGCUGGCCCUGAUUUUAGGAUUGAGAUUGAGGAAACAUCAAUUAAUGGCUCUUUCAAUAUGAUGUUUUUGGGCCGCAGUAUUUCCUUGGCCUACAGAAACCACACUAAUGUUCUCAUGAGGAUCUCAUCAGCUGUUUCUCAAGAGGAUGAUCCUGCUGUAUUGUUGAAUGGGCACUUUGAUAGUCCUCCCAGUUCUCCUGGCGCUGCAGAUUGUGGUUCAUGUGUUGCAUCUAUGCUGGAAGUAGCAAGACUUAUUGUCGAUUCUGGUUGGGUUCCUAAUCGGCCAAUUAUAUUUUUGUUCAAUGGUGCUGAAGAACUGUUUAUGGUGGGGUCGCAUGGCUUCAUGAAAACACAUAAAUGGACCAAAACGAUUGGAGCUUUUAUAAAUCUGGAAGCCUCUGGAAAUGGAGGGCCUGAUUUUGUUUGCCAAUCUGGACCUGGGAGUUGGCCUUCUCUUGUUUAUGCACAAUCAGCUCUAUAUCCAAUGGGUAGUAGUGCAAAUCAGGAUGUCUUUGGUAUUGUUCCUGGUGACACAGAUUACAGAAUCUUUGCAAAUGAUCAUGGAAACAUUCCUGGACUGGAUAUCAUCUAUUUGAUUGGGGGUUAUUAUUACCAUACUACCACUGAUACCGUGGAAAGACUAUUACCUGGAAGUAUCCAAGCACGUGGUGAGAAUGUGAUCAGAGUAGUUAAAGCCUUUACCAUGUCAACUAAGAUGCGGAAUGCUUAUGACAGAGAAUCCCAUCUAGUCGAUGAGGGGAUUGAGCAUGAGCGGCCUAUCUUCUUUGACUAUAUGUCAUGGUUUUUGAUAUAUUACACCAGAAGACAAGCAAUGGUACUGCACAGCAUCCCUAUUGCAGUGUUUAUUCUUGUGCCAUUUUUUCUGCGAUUGUCACAUCUUGGAUUUUGGUGUUCAAUAGCAAUGUUUGGCGACUUUAUAAUAGGGUUGAUAUUCCAUGUUACUGGAAUUAUACUGGCUAUUCUUGUGCCAAUCAUCUUUAGUAUUGUAAGAUUGUUGUUUGUUAGCUACUCAAUGAACUGGUUUGGUAAUCCUUACUUGGCUUAUAUGAUGUUCGUACCCCCUUCAAUUGUUGGUCUAUUAAUACCGAGAUUUGUUUGGAGAUCCUUUCCACUCUGUCAGGAUCCAAGUAAAGUGAAUUCUUCGGCAGAGGAAUUAGCCGGUGAAGCAAGGUUUUGGGGUGCUUUUGGGCAGUAUGCACUCAUGACACUGGGUUAUCUUGUGGCAGGAUUAGGUGGAGGCUUUUUGUACUUUUUCUUUUCCGCAUUUAUGCUUCUUGCAUGGUUCUCCUUUAGCUUAUCAAUCAAGUCCUUUGGUCGUCAUUCACUUAGGUCAGCUGCGUGUUACAUUGUACCCCUUUUACCUUGCAUAUUAUAUGUGGUCUACUUUGGUGGAGUUUUAAUUCAGUUUCUGAUUGAAAAGAUGGGCAUGAUGGGAUCUCUUCCACCCCCUUAUGGGUACUUUAUACCUGAUGUAAUAGUUGCUGCAGUUAUUGGUGCAGUAACUAGUUUGUCUGUGGGACCUCUUGUGCCUGUGAUUGGCAAUUGGUUAGCCAGGUCGUCUAUAAUGCAGUUUUUGUUGCAUAUCACUGUGGUAACUUUGGCUCUGUCAUCACAACUUUUUCCGUACAGCAAGGAUGCACCUAAGAGGCUUGUUUUACAACAUACAAUUCAAACAGAUGCAGGACAGAUUAUAGACUCCACUUUUGAUAUCUCUGUACUGGACUCCAAUUCAUUAGUUUUUCUCUUCAAACAUGCACCUGGAAUUGCAAGUGAACUGGAAAUUGGGCCAGACUUUUCAUUGGAGACUGCUGAUCUCUCCAGCAGGGAAAGAUGGAUGGCAAUUUACCCAUUGUCGUCGUUGUUCUCAAGAGGCAUAAAAGUCCCUGCAAAAAGCGAUGCUAUUUUGAAGAAAUAUAGAUAUUUACCGCACCUCUCAAGUUAUAAGCCACCAAUGAUAUCAGAUGUGGGAUCUCGACGUGUCUACUUGGAAUUUUCCUUGGGUUCUUUAGAGGAGGUUUGGGUAGCGGUACUCAACAUUACUGGUCCGUUAUCUAGUUGGUCGUUCGCAGAGAACAUACUCCCAGCUCCUGAAGUAAUUGGAGGUGGUCCACCGUCAUACAUAUGCAGACUUAGCGGAGCAGGGCAAGAGAACUGGACCUUCUGGUUAGAGGCAAACAGUUCUGCAAAUUUGGUGAUUCAAGUUGGAGUGGUAGACCAAUAUUUAGUGGAUGAAGCAGCCAAGAUAAAAAGUCUUUUUCCAGAUUGGGUGGAUGUUGUCUCCUUUUCAAGCUAUUUAUCUAGUUAUGUAUUUUAGUUUGUGAGUAGCACUGGAUAUAAUUAUCUUAAUAAAGCAGGUCAUUUUUUCUUUUGCCUA